AAUGGCUUGAGAUAACUCCGACACGUUAUUUAAUUUUUAAAAACAUUUGAACAGGCAUAUCCACGGCUGCCAACUAUUGCUGGGUUGUGUUGCUCCGAGUUUAGCCAGCUGUCAGCCGUUUUCGGCCUUACUUGUUUUAUCUGUUUUUAUUGUCUGUCACCUAUUGCUACAUAGUAUUUGUUCAUCAAAAUGCCCAAAGGAGGUAGGAAGGGUGGCCACAAGGGUCGCAUGCGUACCUACACAAGUCCAGAGGAGAUCGACGCCCAGAUGAAGGCGGAGAAGGAGAGGAAGACGGAUGAGGAUGAGGGUGCAGCUCAGACUGACAUAACAGAGAAGCUACAGGCAUCGGGAUCAGAUGACAGUGAUGAUGAGGGUUCACAGAGAAAAAGAGUAGGUGUAGAGGGCUUGAUAGAAAUAGAGAACCCCAACAGAAUCGCUCAGAAGUCCAAGAAAGUGACGCACAUCGAGUUGGAUGAGCCCAAGCAAUUAUCGAGGAGAGAAAGAGAGGAAAUUGAGAAGCAGAAAGCAAAAGAGCGUUACAUGAAGAUGCAUUUAGCAGGGAAGACGGAUCAGGCCAAAGCUGAUCUCGCCCGCCUCGCCAUCAUCAAGAAACAGAGAGAGGAAGCGGCGAGAAAGAAAGAGGAAGAGAAAAAAGCAAGAGAGGCGAGAGAAGCAGCAGCAGCGGCAGCUAAAGGAUUAAACUCCCUUUCACUAAAAUGAUGCGAAGUAUUCAUCGGAACCAUUUCUCCACUUGUAUGGACUGAGGCAAUAUGAAAUAGACUUAAAAAGAAAAAAACUGCUAUGGAGAGUAUUCACCUUACCACUGGAAUAAUGGCUUGGAUUGGUAGAGCUGCAGUUGGAUCACAUACAAUUGGAAUGAAGUUAUGAGCUUUUACUUGAUAUGAAUCCAAUCAGACUGAUCAUUUUGCAAUGUCCCCUUGGUUUAUUGAACAUUCGAGCUGUUUCGUCUGAAUUUUACACUGUACAUAACCAAAUCAUUAAAGUAUUUCACACUAAUGUGAUGAAAACGUUACAACAUGCAUUAUUUAGUAUUUAAAAUAGAGUAUUUUGCCACACACAUUAUUGAAGCGGCAUGGCGCUUCAGUGGCUGGCACACCCACCUCACGGUUGUGUGAGCAAGGGCUCAAUCCGGCUUUCCUGUGUGGAGUUAGCAUAUUCUUCUUGUGCCUACGUGGGUUUUCUCUGGGUACUCAGGCUUCUUCCCGCAUCCUAAAGACCUGAAUCGAUAGCUGAUUGAACACCAGAGGUGGGUAGAGUAGCCAAAAUUUGACUCAAGUAAGAGGAGCGUUACUUUAAAUAAAAUUACUCAAGUAAAAGUAGUCAUCAAAAAAAUGUACUCAAGUACAAGUAAAGUUUUUGGUGAAAAGAAAUAAAGUAAUCGGUAACAUUGUGAGUAGCUGCUUAUGAUGUUUGAUUAUAUGUAUUUUUAAACAACGGUGCUUUUUUUUUCUCAGCACAAGAUUAUCUCUACCAACUGUUGUUUUUAUACUGCACUAUAACCUAUUACAGAACCACAUUGAGCCAAAGAAAUAAAAAAAAAAAAAAAAAAAGAACAUUGAAUUCUGGUGAAAGAAAAAAAAAAUACACAAAUAAAGCGCCAUUCGUCCAAAGAGCAUGAGUGCCUUCUAGUGGAGAAAAUAUAUUUCCUAUUAGAAAAUAAAAAGGAUCAUAUUUUUCGGUUUUCCGUGGUCAGUCGGUGCCAAAUAAAUACUUGGAGAGAGGUUAAAAUUUGCGCUUUCGAGUCAUGUUGACGGCAGCGCUCUAUGUCAAAUACUCAAAUUUUUUACGGUGCUUUAAUGUAGAGAUCGACCGAUAUGGGUUUUUCAGGACGGAUACCGAUUAUUAGUAGUUAGAGGGGCUGAUAACCGAUUUUUGGAGCAGAUAUUCAUUUGCAGUAUACAGUAUAUCACA